AAUGACAUUUUCCAUCGGAGCUUUGACCCCACUUUGCAUAAUGUAUGCAAGAGUUGCGUGGCGGGAAGGUUGAAUAAGAGUAGGGCGUUGGUCAUUGACUGCUAUCUAACGAGGCAGUGCGGACCACCCGAUUUUGCUCCAGCAAGGGAUUGUGACAGAUAGUGUUUCCUUGUGUGGUGUUAGAGUCGGAUUGUAAUGGAAGGUGUUUCAAGCAAUAUUGAGCAGCCAGUAGUCAGAGGACAAGAAGGUGAGCCUGUAUCUUUAGAUGCUCUGACCAAUGCAAUAAAUGUGGCCGUAGCAGGGGCUUUAACGCAAGCGAUUGGAGGUAUCCAUAGUUAUGUUGAUAAUCAACUUGAAUCGCAAAAGAAGGCAAACGAAAAGGCUACUUUUGACAUACAAAAGCUCAAAGCAAAAAAAAAAUACAGUUCAGGUUCAAGGGGAAUGAGGAGCAGGUAAACUUUAAUUGCUCCAUUUUAGAUCAAUUACAGGAAGUCAAGAAAUCACUUCCUUUGGGGAGCAGUGCUGCUCCAAUACUUGACAAAGCUGAAGAAGAUCUAAGGCAAAGAAACAAGUUGGUGAAGCUUGCAGAUAAGUCUGAAGCGGGGUGGUUGGCGGUUGAUGAGUAUCUGGCGGAUGAUUUAGCAGAGGAUAGUGAAGAUGAUAAAAAGAUCCGUUCUGCCCAAGCCAGGGCAGCAGCCAGGAAGAAGAAGACCGGUCUCAAAUCUGUUCCUAAACCCAAGCCUUAUCAGGCGAGGAGACCUAUGGCUUCUCCUGCCAAUCCGGCUUAUAUGCCCAGUUAUGCUAAUAAUUUUCGUGGCCCAAUCCGCCAUAAUACCCCUUACACGAGACCAUUCAAUCCCACCUAUCAGUCAGGCCCCAAGUCAUCUGAUUUCUGCUUCGCAUGUGGGAAGACGGGUCAUUGGAGACGGAAUUGCCCUGGUUAUAGCCCCAAGUUGUCGAAAGACGGUCAGUAAUGGAAUUAACGUUGGAGAGCAGAAUAAAGAACCCCGAGAUUUUCGUAAGAUGAGACAUGCUGGCCCUAGUGUAUCAGCCUCGGAUAUUCCCAAUUUUCCUACCACAAAUCUAAUUAGUACGGAUGCAGACGCGAUGAUGAUGGAACCAGAAGUAGCCCCGGAUUUAAGCAAAGUGGAGGUGUUGCCUAAAAAACUGGACAGGAAUCAACCAGAUAGGAUAACAAGUGACCAUAAAUCAUUGCAGGAAGUGUUGAUGGCAUCUAGAGCUACUAGCACUGUUGCGAAAUACAGGAAAGCGUUUGAAGAUGGGAAGUCAUGGUGUGCUAUAAACUGUGUGUGUGAGUUACCGGCGCAAAAGGCGGAUAUCGCAAGGUAUUAUAUGAGCAUGUAUAAUAAUGAUGCACCUUAUUCAAGGAUUGAAGGAGCACAUUUUGGUAUUAAAUGGGUUCUUGACUGCUCGCCAGUAACCGAGGUGAAUCCCUGUAAUUCAAGAUUUUUGCAUCUACUUCUUGCAGGCUUGAAAAGAAUUCUAGCUCAUCCAAAAUGUAAGAAGGAACGUAUAACUCCAGACAUUCUGAAUAAACUUGUCAGUAUGGUUGUUCUAAUUGUUUAAAGGAAGCCAGAUUGUGUUCUAUGACACUGUUAGCUUAUGCAGGCUUUUUUAGGCACGCUGAGCUAGUGGAGCUCAGAGAGUGUGAUAUUUCUGUACAUACUUCACAUGUCAAAUGUUUCAUUCAGCAUAGUAAAACUGACCAAUAUAGAGAAGGUGCCUGGGUGAUUAUUGCUGCAACAGGUAAACCUACCUGUCCAGUUGCCAUGUUGAAUAAAUAUAUGCUAUUAGGUGACAUCAUUCCAGGUUCUUCAGAGGAAUACCUUUUCCGCCCAUUGACGCUCAAGAAAUCCUUGAAGAAAUAUGUUUUGAGAGGGGGCAAAUUGUCGUAUACAACAUGCCGUGAUCUUUUUAAGGCUGCCUUAUCGUCAAUAGGGUUAGAUUCAUCGUACUUUGGCUUGCAUAGCCUUAGGGCAGGUGGUGCCUCUGCGGCAGCUGCCUUAGGUAUAUCUGAUCGUCUUUUCAAGAAACAUGGAAGGUGGAAAUCUGAUUCUGCUAAGGAUGGUUAUGUAAAAGAAUCGCUUAAGAACCAGCUCAGUGUAUCUCUUAAUAUUGGUAUCUAGCUGAGUCUGAGAAGGUAUAGUAGGAAUUCACAAUUUCCUAAUGUUAUUAUGUUAAAGUCUUAAAGUGGAUGAUGCGCCAGUGUGCAGGUUUGUAAAUAUGGUUGAACUAUUGUAAUGUUCAAUGGAUUGUUAAGUAAUUUGACAGUUAUGCUAUGAAUUGUAUUAACGGAUUUCGGAUGGACUGAUAUGACUAUGGACUACUGUAACCUGUGAUCUUUUGGAUUCAGUUAGGAUAAUAAACUAAUAUGAUGUGUUUGCAAA